AUGACUUGGGAAUAUAGGUGGUUCCCUGCUUUUCAUCACAAAAUGACCAAACGAGAAUUGAAACAAAUUUUCGGUGUAGAACACCAUUCUCAAGUUCCCGACUAUAAGUUGGUGAAAGCUGAGAAACAAAUCGUCGGUGAUGGUGAACUAUUAUUAAGCUUUGAUGCAUGGAACACUAGUUAUCGACUAGAGUUGAUUCCAAACCGAAGGCUAAUAAGUCCUCAUUUGAUCUCAGUGGUGCGUCAAGGUAAUGAAACUUAUACGACUAAAGGACUACCUUUAAAUUUACAAGGAAAUUGCCAUUUUCAUGGGAAAGUUGUAUCUCAUGGUAAUGUCUCAGCAGCGAUUUCUAAUUGCAAAGAUCUAAUGGGUACUAUUAUGAUGGAUGACCAUUUCCUCUUACUUCAAGCAAUUCCAAAGCGUUUUAAAAGUGAUCAGGAAGCAGAUCAUAUUAUUUAUAAAAGACAAGCAAGUUUAUUAUUGCCCUGGGAAAAAACACUAAAUGAUGAACUUUAUCGAUUCGAUUCCAAUGAUUUAGUUUUCGAUAAAUUCUGCGAUAUCAAUGAUUCGAUUGACGAGCCUUCAGGAUCAAAAAAAUUUGAAGCUGAAGAAGCCUAUUCAAAAUAUAAAAUUCCGCCAGAAUCAAAGUUGGAUUCAUUAUACAUUUUUCCACAAAUGGAUCCGUUAACCAUCGAACUUGCUUUAUUCUUGGACUCAAAAUUGUUUGAACAUUUUACAAGAGAAUAUGAACAAGAUACUGAACAACAUUUAGUUGAUUUUUCACUAGCUUUAAUCAACAAUGUCCACAUGCUUUAUCAACAAUCAUCGAUUUCACCUAAUUUGGAAAUUGUUAUUGUAAGAUAUGAACUGUGGAAGACGCAACCAAUUGGCUUGGAAACAGCAUCAAAUCGUAAUGGCCAUGCUCGACUCAUGCUUAAUUUGUUUUCUCAAUAUCAAGCGUUUUAUAAUGUCGGAACUGAUCUUACGGAUGAUGAACACUGGGAUCAUGCCGUUUUACUGACAGGGUACGAUAUUUAUUAUACUACAACAGCUGUAGCAGGUGUCGCAACCAUAGGUCAAAUGUGCCAUCAUCUUCAUUCGUCUAGUUUGGUAGAAGGAAUCCAUCUUGGACGAUCAUUUGUACUGGCGCAUGAAAUGGGGCACAAGCAUGUUUCAGACUUUUUGGGAAUGUCGCAUGAUGGCGAACACAAUAUGUGCAACCCGAGUUGUUGUUUAAUGUCGCCAAUGAAUGGUGCAGGACGGACUACAUGGAGCCCAUGCUCGUUAAGAGAAUUCAAUGCUUUCCUAAUGCAAUUAGAUGCCAUUCAUGGGAACUGCCUGCGCGAUUCAGCUGUCGGCCUUGAAGACUACAAUCAUCAAAAGGAUGGUAGAUUGCCUGGUCAACGUUUCACUGCUGAUCAACAGUGCUCGUAUUUCUAUGGAAGAGAUUAUCAACUACAACUUCCUCCUGGGAAAGAUAUGAGUGAAAUAUGUAGAGUAUUAUGGUGUGGUAGCAAUGGUUCACCAAGGACCACAGCACAUCCAGCUUUGGAAGGGACUUCUUGUGGAGUCAAAAAAUUCUGCUUAGAAGGCAAGUGUCGCAAUUGGAUUAAUGGCAAAGCUCCUGAGCCUAUUGACGGUCAGUGGUCGGCAUGGAGUGGUCAAGAAAAGCGUUGCCCAAUAUCGCAAUGCCAAAUUACAGGCAGUAUCCACAUAAAAGGCCAAAUAAGAACCUGCACAAAUCCCGCACCAAAUAAUGGCGGUCGUACUUGCCACGGUUCCAAAGUUCGUGGCUUACUAUGCAAAGAAUCGACAUCAUACUGCAAACUGUAUUCGAGAGAAAAAUAUGGGAAUAUUGUAUGCAGCGAAUCUAAAGAGAAAGGCGAUGAACCCGAUUCUCAGUUAACUGGAUAUGCUUUUAUGCGGGAGGCGAAGUGGUUAGAUCGUUUCUUAUUUGAUUUAUUAUUCACGAAAACUGCUAUGAAUUCUAAAAAAAUUAUAGAUGCAUCUCAACCAUGCAAAGUUUGGUGCCAUUUGAAAGGUACAGAACUUAUUCGUAAUAAAGGUCUCUAUCCAGAUGGAUCACCUUGCGGUGCAGAAAAAUACUGCGUCGGUGGAUCUUGUUUGAUUUUAUCAUGUAACAAAUCAGCUCUUAUUUUUGAUCAAGCCGAUUGCCCUACCGAAGACGAUUUAGCUUUUCUUGGAUGGGGUGAAUGGAGCCGUUGGACAAAAUGUUCCGUAUCUUGUGGUUUAGGAGGUGUCCAACAACGUACAAGGCCGUGCAACCAGAAUUCUUGUGCUGGAGCGAAGGAGCAAUCACGAUCAUGUGAACCUCAUCCAUUGGAAUGUCCAAGAACUGAAUAUACUGAGUGGACUGAAUGGUCUGAAUGCAGCACAUCUUGUGGUGAAGGCCAACGAAGAAGAAAAAGGUCAUGUAUUGGAGCCACAACUUGUGCUGGCAAUAGCUCGGAAAUUGAAUUUUGCAAAAAAAAUGAUUGCAUGGUUGAAUCGUGGGGCUCCUGGCUGACAUGUUCAGCAUCUUGUGGUAUGGGCUUUCAAAUCCGUGAACGCUUCUGCAAUAAUACUGUUUGUUCUAGUGGCGAAAAGCAAGCGAGAAUAUGCAGUGAAAAAGAAUGUAUUAAAUAUGAGAAUAUUUAUAAUUGGGAAAACUGGUCCGAAUGGGGUGUUUGUUCGAAAACUUGUGGUGAAGGAGUACAAUCUCGAACUAGAAAAUGCCAAAAAGGUCAUUGUCCGAAAUCAGAUGUGGUUACAGAACAACGUCACUGCGUCCUUCGUCCAUGUCCGCAAUGGAGUGAAUGGUCAUCAUGGUCAGAAUGCAUGAGUUGCAAUAAAAGCGAAAAACGCCAGAGAGCGCGGCAAUGUGAAGUAGGAAUAAUCCGAUCAGGAGAACCGGACUUAGAAUGUUCUGGCGUUUCACAUGAAACUGAACCAUGUGACUGUAAUCUAUUAAAUUUUGGGAGAAAUCCAAAUAAUUUCACUAAUACCGUUGAAUCCAUUGCUUCCACUACAGAUAAAUACGAUAAGGAUAAAAUCUGGAAUGAAUGGCAGUCGUGGCAACCAUGUACCGUAUCUUGUGGAGGGGGUGCUAGAUUAAGAGUGCGAACAUGCCGCAUGACUGAAAUUGCAUGUCAGUCGAUUGGUGUUCAAUUGGAUGCUGAAGUUUGCAAUCAGAAAUCUUGUGAUGAUGCAGGUAUGUGGUCCGAGUGGAAUCAUUGGACAUCGUGUUCAGCAACUUGUGGAGGUGGCAUGCAAAGUAGACGUAGAAAAUGCAAAGCUACAUUUGUAUUUCUCUGUGAUGGGAUUUCGGAAGAAGAGCGCCAAUGCGCUAACGAUUCAUGUACAUUUGAGCUGAUAGGGAAUAUUUCCGUCAGUUUAAAGCAAUAUUUUAUUUUUCCAUUCUCUUUCUGCUCAAAAUUACCUAUUGCAAUAACAAAAUUUCUAGAACCUCAUUGGAGUACCUGGAGCUCAUGGUCGAAAUGUAGUUGCUUCACGAUGAAGAAAUUUCGUCGUAGAUAUUGCCAAAUAAGAGAUCCAUCUUUACAAGGAUUUUGCUUGGGUCCUAUAAUUGAAGAAAAGCUAUGCGUUCCCAGCACAUGCGAAUCUGAAAGCGGUGGCUGGUCAGAUUGGAAUUCUUGGAGUAAAUGUUCUCAAAAUUGUGGUGCGACAGGAUAUCGAAUACGCAAUCGAAUGUGUUCUAAUCCUAUACCAUCAAACAGAGGAUCCUAUUGUAUUGGAUAUUCAUUUGACCAAGGACCAUGUUUCCCUGCAAAUGAAUGCAAAGGAACUCCAGUUGAUGGAAGCUGGACAGGUUGGACCCAGUGGUCAACUUGCUCUGAUGGCUGCGCAAACGGUCAUCAAUCACGCUCUCGGUAUUGUGCGAAUCCCAGGCCACUGAAUGGUGGAGCUCUUUGUAUUGGAUCUGAUUUUGAGUUGUCUCCUUGUUAUAAUUCAACUCUCUGCUCGAAUUCGAUCGAUGGUGGCUGGAAUGAAUGGUCACCAUGGUCGAAUUGUUCAGCCACUUGCGGCUUUGCAUUUAAAUCACGCCAACGGCAAUGUAAUAGCCCUAAUCCUAUUGGUUCAGGGAAGAACUGUUAUGGUCUGGCAUAUAUGACUUCGAUAUGUGAUACGAAAUUUUGCGAAGAUUCGGUGGAUGGUCAGUGGUCAUCGUGGAGCGAAUGGUCGGCAUGUGCUUCCAUCUGUGGACGAAACACUAGAAUGAGAGAAAGGGAAUGUACAUCUCCAGCUGCAUCGAAUGGUGGAUAUCCUUGUUUUGGGCGUUCAUCUGAGGUUUCAGAUUGUAAGCUGAAUCAAAGCACCGCAUUCGAUCAAUGCUCAAAUUUUAUUCACCAUAUUCAGUUGCUUGAUUCGAAAAGUUUGCUCUCUAGGUGA